AAAAUGUCAUAACCUUAUAGUUUUGAUUACGUUGUUUGUAUCAUUUUUGAAAAAAAAAUUUUUUCACGUUAUUGUUGUCACUUUCUUUAAUUAAUUGCUACGUCAGAAGUCACACUGAUUGAGAGAUACUAUUGCAUCUGAACACUUUAUAUACCUCUUUUAAAGGGCGACAUUUAACAAAGAAAACCGUUUACAAUAGAAUGAUAAAAGAAGGUUGUUAGUUUCAGGAUGAAGGGCAGCAUGCUUGGAAAUGGAGUGGUCGGGAUACUGGCUGAGACUUCAAAUAAGUGGGAAAGAAGGGCUCCUUUGACCCCGUCACACUGUGCUCGACUUCUGAACCGUUGCUGCAGGGAUAACACUGGAGUGACUCGCAUAAUCGUGCAGCCAUCCACUAAACGGAUCUACCAUGAUAAACUGUAUAAAGACGUUGGCUGUGAAAUAUCAGACGACUUAUCUGAAUGCGGCCUUAUACUGGGCAUCAAAAAGCCUAGGUUGGAGAUGAUUCUUCCUGAUAGAGCUUAUGCCUUCUUCUCACACAAUCACAAGGCACAGAAGGAAAACAUGCCCUUGUUGGACAAGAUCCUGGCUGAAAGGGUGACAUUAUUUGACUAUGAGCUUGUCGAUGGGGACAAUGGGAAGAGACUAAUUGCUUUUGGAAAAUUCGCUGGAAGAGUAGCUUUAAUCGACUUAUUAAGAGGAUUAGGACAGCGGUAUUUAAAUCUUGGGUACUCAACGCCCUUCCUGUCAUUGGGUGCAUCUUACAUGUAUCCUUCAUUGGCUGCUGCCAAGGCAGCUGUAAUUUAUGUGGGAGAAGAGAUUGCAAAACAUGGGCUGCCGUCAGGAAUCUGUCCUCUCGUCUUUGUUUUUACUGGUUCUGGAAAAGGAUCUCUUGGGGCACAGGAGAUAUUUAAGCUUCUUCCUCACACUUUUGUUGAUCCAAGCAAACUUCCACGCCUAUUUGAAAAAGCCAAGGAUCGAACUCAACCUGGUCAGGCAUCAGAUAGAGUCUUCGAAGUAUAUGGUUGUGUGGUGAAUUGUCAAGACAUGGUUGAGCACAAAGACAGUCCUAAAGUAUUUGAUAAGGCUGACUAUUAUGCACAUCCAGAAUGCUACAAGCCUGUUUUUCAUGAAAGAAUUGCACCAUAUGUAUCAGUUCUUGUUAAUUGCAUUUAUUGGGAGAAAAGAUUUCCCAGGUUGUUGAGCACCCAGCAACUUCAAGAUAUUGUGAGGAAAGGAUGCCCCCUUGUUGCAAUCUCAGAUUUAACUUGUGAUAUGGGAGGCUCAAUUGAGAUUGUUAACCAAACCACAUCAAUUGAUUCACCUUUCUUUAGAUAUGAUGCCAAUUCCCAUUCAUACCACAAUGACAUGGAGGAAAAUGGCGUGAUAUGUUCAGUAGUAGACAAUCUUCCAACAGAGUUUGCAAAAGAGGCUUCCGAACAUUUUGGAGAACUCCUGUUACAGUUCAUUGACAGCCUAGCUUCAACAGCAGACAUAUCCAAGUUGCCUGAUACGCUCAAGAAAGCUUGUAUAGCCCAUGGAGGAGCCCUCACCUCCUUAUAUGAAUAUAUUCCUCGUAUGAGAGAGUCUAACUGAGAGCAGGCUUUUGGUCUCCUUUUCCAUGGGUUCUCGUUGGAUGUGUCAACUUCUAGCAUCUCGUUCGCCAAUUCAUGUUUAGUUCGUUAAUAAAUUACUCUCUUUAUUUCAAGAUAGUAGAAAAAUAGUUCUUUGAUGUGAUCUCCAAUUAGUAAUUGAUAGUACUAAUUCUGAUAAUUUUUCCUAGAUUGAAUGCAUAUGAAUAAUUGAAUUGCCCUGUUUGACGUUCCAGCACCAGGCCCAGUGUUCUGAUACUCAUUAAAUGUCAAUGUGUGUAGUGCGAAAUCUCUAAAUUUAAUUUGUGCAA